GGACAGUAGAGUUAUAGCCAUUUCUUGCAGUGACUCGAGUUUCAGUGAAGUGAGUGACUUGUUGUAGAUUGGAAAAGACAAUAAUGUCCUUAUGGCUUCCUUGUCGAUACCCUUUCUUCUCCGGCUCGACUCCUAUUCGCAGCAGCAGGAGCAAUCUCUGCUUCGCCGUCGCCGCCGUACGGCUUUCUCGCCAGGAUUGUGGAUUGUUCCCUCAGCCUAUCCACGUCCGCCACGUCACAUCAAACCGGUUAAAUUUGGAGAUCGUGCGAGAUUUUCGAGCUCAUGCGUCUUCUAUCGGCUCAUUCGAGGACAGCUCCUCUUCUACCGACCUUGAAGACAUUGGCUCCGACGGUUUCGAUUUGGGAAGCUUCAUUUCUUUCGCGGAGGUGCUUUGUAUUUUAUCCUCCGCCGUGAUUUCGGUGGUUCUCGCAGUGAAUUACGCGGUGGUUGGUGAAAUUGGGAAAAAGGUUUUGUCUUUGGGUUUCGUCGGAUUGGUGGGUUCGGUCGCAUCUGGAUCGUGGCUUAGACGACGGCAGUGGAUGCGGAUCUGCAAAGGAGCGAGAGAGGGUGAGGGGACGAAUUUGAUUUCAAGGUUGGAGAAACUUGAAGAGGAUUUAAAAACCUCGACCACCAUUGUUAGACUUCUUUCCAAGCAUCUGGAGAAGUUGGGGAUCCGGUUUCGGGUCACCCGGAAAGCUCUCAAGGAACCCAUUUCCGAGACUGCAGCUUUGGCUCAAAAGAACUCCGAGGCCACAAGAGUAUUAGCUGCGCAACAAGAGAUUCUAGAAAAAGAGCUUGGCGAAAUUCAGAAGGUUCUGCUUGCUAUGCAGGAUCAACAGCGAAAGCAACUCGAGCUAAUCCUUACGAUUGCCAAAAACGGGAAGCUGUUUGAGAGCACUAAUAACAAGCAAUAACCUAAUCAGAAGGUCUCCUUUAGCAGAAGCAAGACAAGUUGUCAAGAUUAUGGGGAGACUAUUUUUGCUUGAUGUUCUCUGUCUACCGUUAACAAACAGUAGUCGAAUAACUUCCUCAAAGUUAUAUAAGGAGCCGUACGUGUUAUUAUCAUCUUCUCCAUGUAAGCUCCGCUAAUGAACAAAGUGGAUGAGUAUAAUAAAAAAGGAAAGCAGUUUUUUUUA